AUGGCUAAACCGUUGGGAGUUGAAGGAGAAGCCCCCGGCGACACGCCCACACGCCUGAGGCUCCGACCAAUCAGAGAGCUGCCCGGGAUGACAUCAUCGGGCCUCGCCGGACCGGAAGCCAGACUCGGCUCCGUGAGUUUGGGCGGUGCAAAGAUGGCGGCUCCCGCGUCCACCCGGACCCCGGAGGGCAAGCGAGUGGUGAAUCAGGAGGAGCUGAGGCGGUUGAUGAAGGAGAAGCAGCGCCAGAGCACCAACCGAAAGAGGAUCGAGUCGCCGUUUGCGAAGUACAACCGUCUGGGACAGCUGAGUUGUGCGCUGUGCAGCAGCCCGGUGAAGAGCGAGCUCCUGUGGCAGACUCAUGUGCUGGGGAAGCAGCACCGCGAGAAGGUGGCCGAGCUGAAGGGCGCCAAGGGAGCGGCGCAGGCUCCGUCGGUGAGCCCGGCGCCCCAGCCCGCCAAGCGGAGAGCGGCCGAGCCCGAAUGCCCGGACGCCAAGAGAGCCAAGGCCUCCGCCGUGCCGGCUCUGCCCGCCAGGCUUGAGUCGACGGGGAAGGAGCCCGCUCCUUCAGGACUCGGUUUGCUCCCCGACUACGACGACGACGAUGACGACGACGAGGUCGGGGAGGUAGGUGGGGAAGGAAAAAGGGGGGACGGCUGCAAGCAGCUGCCCGACGCGCAGGGACCUUCUAGGGAGGCGGCGGGUGGCGCGUUGCCCAGCGACCCUCCCCGGGCGCCCCUGAUCCCUCACUCGGGCUCCAUUGAGAAAGCCGAGAUACACGAGAAGGUGGUGGAGAGGAGGGAGAACACCGCCGAGGCGCUCCCGGAAGGCUUUUUCGACGACCCCGAGGUGGACGCAAAGGUCCGCAAGGUGGACGCCCCCAAGGACCAGAUGGACAAGGAGUGGGACGAGUUCCAGAAGGCCAUGAGGCAGGUCAACACCAUUUCCGAAGCCAUCGUCGCCGAAGAGGAUGAGGAGGGACGGCUGGACCGACAGAUCGGGGAGAUCGACGAGCAGAUCGAGUGCUACCGUCGGGUGGAAAAGCUGCGCAAUCGCCAGGAUGAAAUCAAAACCAACCUCAGGGAGGUCCUGACCAUCAAAGAACUGCAGAAGAAGGAGGAGGAGAACGCUGACAGCGAUGAUGAGGGGGAACUGCAGGAUUUGUUGUCUCAGGAUUGGAGGGUGAAAGGGGCUUUGUUGUAA